AUGAUGACAGCUUCGGUUUUGGCCUUACCAAAUUUUUCUGAGGUCUUUGUGGUUGAAUCAGACGCAUCAGGGUAUGGUAUUGGAGCCGUUUUGAUGCAACAACAGCGACCUAUAGCAUAUUUUAGUUCUGGAUUGACUGAGAGGGAGCAGGUAAAGCCAAUCUACGAAAGAGAAUUAAUGGCUAUAGUGUUAGCGAUUCAAAAAUGGCGCCAUUACUUGUUGGGAAGAAGGUUUGUUGUGCAUACUGAUCAGAAAAGUCUGAAGUUCUUGCUGGAACAGAGAGAAGUGUCAAUCGAGUAUCAGAAAUGGCUUAUCAAAUUGUUGGGGUUCGAAUUUGAUAUCAUUUACAAACCGGGCGUAGAGAAUAAAGCCGCUGAUGGACUUUCACGAAUUGUACGUGAUCAAGAACAUUAUAGCUCAAAGGAGUUGAUGUCAUUAACGGUACAUGCAACUUUGGAACUCCAAGAUAUCUUUAAAGAGAUUGCGGAGGAUAAGCAACUAGAGGAUCAGAUUCAACGCGUUAAUGACGGCAAAGAAGAAAAAAGGGAGUAUACGGUUGUGGAUGGUCGUUUGAUGUGUCACGGGAGGUUGGUCAUUCCGAGAUCGUCAAGUCAUAUUCCGAUGAUCCUCCGUGAGUUUCACUCUGGCGUAGUAGGUGGACACUAUAGGGUGUUGAAAACGAUGAAGCGGAUCCAGAGUCAUUUUUAUUGCAGGAAGAUGGUCAAGGAUAUACAGAAGUAUGUUUCCGAGUGUGAUAUCUUUCAGAGGCACAAAUAUUCUACACUUCGUCCUGCGGGUCUUCUUCAGCCCCUGCCUAUUCCGAACAAAAUAUGGGAAGAUAUUUCGAUGGAUUUUAUUGAAGGAUUACCUGUUUCUAAAGGAGUCAAUGUUAUAUUGGCUACACGGCUUUCGGGGUCUAUUGUCUCGGAUCGAGAUAGGAUUUUCUUGAGCUCGUUCUGGACAGAACUAUUCCGUCAAGCAGGGACUCAUUUGAAGUUCAGUACAGCUUUUCACCCACAGUCAGAUGGGCAAAUUGAGGUGUUGAAUCGUUGUCUGGAAACCUAUUUGCGUUGCUUCGCAUCUUCUCAACCGAAGUCGUGGGCGAAAUUUUUGAACUGGGCUGAAUUAUCUUACAAUACGAACUUUCACACCACCAUUGGGACUACCCCGUUUCAGGUUGUGUAUGGCAGAGAGGCUCCGAGCUUAUUGAAGUUUGAGGAGAAGUCGACAGCAAAUUUUGAUUUGGAAGUGAUGCUCAAGGAGCGUGAUGAAGUUCUCGGUGCUAUUAAGUUCCAUUUGGAGAUGGCUCAGGCUCGAAUGAAGGAUAAUGCUGAUAAACAUCGACGUGAGCUCGAGUUCGAAAAAGCGUUAUUGCUUGAACCAGAGGCGCUUUUGGAAACUCGUUAUGAUAUGGGAGGCCAUUUGGAAGGUUUAGUCCAAUGGAAGGGUCUACCGGAGCACGAGAAGACGUGGGUUCGUGCCUCGGAUUUACUAAAGGAGUUUCCAGAACUUGAGGACAAGCUUCUUGUCGACGAGGGGGGUAUUCUUAGGCCACUAAACCGGUACAUAAGGAGAAGGAAGAAAGCCAGUCCAGCGACUACGAGUGACGUGGAUACGAGUUUGGAGCUGGAAGAGUAA